AUGCCUCCCACACGCUCCACGAGAUCAACCAGAGCGGGAACGUCUCGACUGACAGCUUCUACCAGCACCUCGGCCAGCAUAAACAGGCAAGCUUCAGACAACCAUCACUUGCGCAUCACCGUCAAGGCUCNNCCCCCCAGCAAAUUGCGCCAGGCCAUCUCAGGCGACGAUCCUGAGUCCGACUAUCCCGAUGCCGACGACUCUCCUGAGCCUCCCGUGAGGACUGCUCGCUCUACCCGCAACCCACGUACCGUGCUCGAUAACGAAUCCGACGAUGAUCAAGAAGACGACGACGAUGAAGACGAUGACGACGACGCCGAAGGAGAGGAUGAUGAUAUUGAAAACACAGACAUGAUGGAUGCAGAGGGCAGCGACGAAGACGCCGACGCUGAUGCUGAUGAUAUGGACAUGGAUUCUCCACACCCACCACCUCCCGUCAUUCGCGUUCUCCCUUCAGCCUCCGCUACCAACCCAAAGCCGAAAGUCAAUCUCGCCGUCUCAGCACCUCGACCCAAACCCAAUCUCAAAAGUGUCGAAGCCAAGGAACUGGACGAUGACGACGAAGACGACGACGAUGAAUUGUCUGAUUUACAGUCUGGCGACGAGGAUCUACCAGGUGCAGAAGAUGAUGAGGAAGAGCUCGAUAGUGACCUCGAAGGCGAGGAUGGUGAUGCGACCUUGGAUCUAACCAAAUUGACUCGCCGCCAGCGGGCUGUCUACGACGAAGAGCAGGACGAGAGCCUCAUGGCGCUUUCCAACGAGGCACAGAAGAAGAAACAUCUUACUGCCGAAGAGCACGCCAUGCGCAGAGCCGAGAUGGCGAGACGAAGGAAGAACUUGUCUGAGNAAGCGCAACGAAGAAGAAAAGGUUCGUCUCCGUUGUACUGGCAUUGCAAUCUGUUAGCUAACACGGCUUUUCAGAUGGACACUAUCAACAAGCUACUCAAGAAACCUGCCACCAAGCGUCGAACUCGCGCCGAAAUUAUUGCUGCACAAAACGCUGCAGAGGGGACUCCGGCAUAUACCGAGGAUGGCGAGGAAUACUACCAUCCUGCAAAUCCUCUCUUUGUUCGUUAUGUCAAUAACAAGGACGGAACUCGUGUCGGUGUGCCGUCAGAAUGGCUAGAAGAAGGGCAGCCCGCUGGACAAGUGUUGAAAAAUGGUUGGAAAGCACCGUCCAAGCUGGUUGAAGAGGUAUCUUGA